GGAAUUGCAAUGACCAAACCCAUUCCUGUCACUGUAUUUACUGGUUUCCUAGGAAGUGGAAAAACCACCGCCAUUCUCUCGCUUAUUAGGAAACUUCCUUCGGGUUACAAGACAUGUCUAUUGAAGAAUGAGUUUGGAGACAUUGCAGUCGACAGUCAGCUGGCUAAAGAAUCCAAUAUUGGUGUACAAGAAAUGAUGAACGGUUGUCUAUGCUGUGUAUUGGUUGGACAGAUGAAACGCGCACUUCAGGAAUUGAAAGAGAAAUACAAUCCUGACCGCAUUAUUGUCGAGACAAGUGGCUCUGCAUUCCCUGCUCCAAUUGCAUGGCAGAUUCGUGAAUUAGCAUCAGAGGGAUUUGUUUUGGAUUCAAUUAUCACUGUCAUUGACUGUGUGAACUUCCGGGGCUAUGAAGACAAUAGUUACACGGCCAAGUUACAAGCCCAAUACACAGAUGUGAUUCUCUUGAAUAAGCAUGAGCUGGUCUCUGAGCGUGAUUUGGACGAUGUUAUUGACCAUGUCAAUGAACUCAACACAGACACGCCAAAGGUGCGCUGUAGUGCUGAUGGAAUAUCGCCUGAUCUUGUGUUUGGUCUUGACACUUCUCUAUUCCAACUCAACCACGACUCAACUGGCGGAUCACUGGUACCACUGGUGUUCAAUCCCGACCACCACGCCAAUGAAGUCGAUCUACUCCAGGUUAUCGAGACCACCGAACAAUCUAAAGAACCCUUGACCGAGAAAGAGCUCGAGAGAUUCUUGGCCACCAUGCCAAAAGAAGACAUCUAUCGUAUCAAGGGGUUCGUCAGACUCGACACCGGACUCUCGAUUCUCAACCAUGCCUUUGGAAGACACACUCUCACACCCGUCACACAUGCAGAUACCCGUGAAGAAACCCAGGCUGUUCAGAUCAAGUUGACCGUCAUGGGCCAGGACCUGAGAAUGUAUCAGGCGAAGAUUAAAGACGGUCUGGCAAAAAAUGGCACUGUCACAUUGACUGCUGCUCACAAGCAUCAGCAUUAAACAUUUAUUUUAUACUGUAUUUUUAUUAUUUUUAUUAUUAAAAAUCAAAUCAAAUAAAAUAAAGUAGAGCGUAU